AACAGUGGGAGCGCGCAGGCGCGGCUGGAGGCUCGCAGAGCGCAGAGUAGCGGCGCGGAGCGCGCGGGAAUCAUCAUCCAGGGACCUGCCAGAGACCACAAGAAAACAUGGGGAGGAUUUUCCUCACAGGAGAAAAAGCCAAUUCAGUAUUGAAACGCUACCCAAGAGCUAAUGGACUUUUUGAAGAAAUAAGACAGGGCAACAUUGAGCGUGAAUGCAAAGAAGAAAUCUGCACAUUUGAAGAAGCAAGAGAAGCUUUUGAAAAUAAUGAGAAAACUAAGGAGUUUUGGAACACCUACACAAAAGCCCAACAAGGAGAGAGUAACCGAGGAAGUGACUGGUUUCAGUUUUACCUUACCUUUCCAUUAAUCUUUGGCCUCUUCAUUAUCCUUCUUGUCAUUUUCCUAAUUUGGAGAUGCUUCCUCAGAAACAAAACUCGCAGACAGACAGUAACUGAAGGCCACAUUCCUUUCCCUCAGCACCUUAAUAUUAUCACUCCGCCUCCCCCACCAGAUGAAGUGUUUGAUAGCAGUGGAUUGUCACCAGGCUUCCUGGAAUAUGUAGUUGGGCGCUCAGAUUCUGUCUCCACUCGCCUAUCCAACUGCGAUCCUCCACCCACCUAUGAGGAAGCCACUGGCCAGGUGACCCUCCGGAGGAGUGAAACAGAACCUCAUUUAGACCCACCCCCAGAGUAUGAGGACAUCAUCAAUUCCAACUCAGCCAGUGCCAUUGCCAUGGUGCCUGUGGUCACCACCAUCAAAUGAAACUGUAACCUUUUUACUAUAAUCAUUUUUAAAAUACUAAUGAAAGAACUUUCUAGCACUUUACCACUACAUAAAUGUGCAUUGACUUAUUGUAUUGGACUCUGACAGCAUACCACUUCACAUUUUCUGAUUUGAUUUUCAUUAGAUUUGUUUCUGAGUAUAAAAUCAUUAUCCAUGCUCAUUUUUGCUAAUCAAAAUAUGUGAAGAGGGAAAAACAUAUUAGUGGAGGUCUUUAUGUGAUGUGAUGAGGUACACAUAUGUGUGUAUGUAUUUCUAUGCAUACAUAUGUGUAUGCACAUCAGCCCAGUAUAUGUGCAAGUGUCUUAAAAAGCCAUUAACUUCUGUCUAAAUCACCUAUAAAGAGAACAUUACUCACCAAAAUAAGGGGGGGGGGG